GCAAGAGCCAAGAUGGCGACAAGACGAGAGGAAAUAUUAAAGACGAUUCACGAACAUAAACAACAAGAAUUUAUUGCUUUGAUUAAGCUUCAUCAUUCAAAGAACGAUCCAUUUGACUUGUGUGAGAUGCUGCAAUCACUGUCACAACAAGAAUACGAAGAGAUGUGGAGUAGUUUGAGUAAAACAUGUCAACAAAUUUUGACGUCCUUUGAUAUGGCCGAUGAGGGUUUUAAUAAGUCUAAAGAUGUCCUUGCUGGAAUCACAACUAUUGCUUUAUGCUCCAUCAAUUUAAAAGAAUGCAAUAUAAUUGGUCCUUUGAUUCAGGUUACAGUUAUGCUUCAAGGUAUUUUACUUGAACUUCCUGAUGAUUGUGCAAAAUUGCAAUUUGCCAUUGCUCAUCUUUGUGAGAUGUGGUUUCAGAAGAACUUAGAAGGGAAAGAUAAACUGGUUACAACAAUGUUGCCAUAUUUUAUUCUUAAAGCACUUUGUGAAGGAUUGAUUGUUGAUGUAAAACGAUUAUGGAGUUUGCGUCAAACUUUGCUGUUGAUGGAUCUUGAAGACGAACUUUCUGCAUCAUCACUGAAAUCAGCUCUUUUGCAAUGUAUUGCUCACCCUGUAUUUCUGAAGAUUGAGGAAGGUCGCAAGUUUUUAAGUUAUCUGUUUGGAUUACAUCUGUCUUUUAUGGAAGAAAUUCAUAAAACAAUUAAAAAGGAAAUUCCAAUGUGCAACAUUUCUACACUUAUCGUAUACGGUGAAAUCUAUUUCAAAGCUUGGCGCGCAUCCAAGGAAGUUUAUCGUGAGAAAAUCGAACGAUUUUGUCUUCAAGAUUUGAUGUUUCAUAGUAUUCAUGCUCAGAGAAUCGGACGUCAUUCAAUGUCAUCAAGAUUAAGGAAGAUUUUGGGAGUUUUUCACAAGCAGAAACAAAAUCCUGAUGUUGACAAAAUACUACUUGAACUUUACAGUCCAAUUAUUUGGCGAGCUUGCAAGGUUGCAAAUCCCAAUGUCCGUGCCAAUGCUGCAGCAAUAUUUUUUGAUGUUUUUCCUCUAAAUGAUUCAACUGAUAAUAUUGCCCGAUAUAAUGAAUUGUUACAACGGCAGUUUGAUGUUAUUGUAACAUUUUUAGAUGAUCCCUUUCCUACAGUUCGUUCUACUGCAGUUCAUGGAGUAUUUAACAUAUUAUCAUUGUAUUGGGAAGUUAUUCCUGCUCAUGUUGUGAAGGAACUUUUAUUUAAAGUUUUUCAAACGUCUGCUUUCGAUGUAUCAUCAAGUUCUGUGAGGGCUGCAGUAUUUGAGGGACUGACGUAUGUGUUGGAUAAUCGUCUCUGUCAUCCAUUAAUAAAGACAUUUUUGCCAGGUCUUAAGAAUUUGCUUCACGAUAAUUCUGAACAAGUUCGUGUUGCAUUUCUCGAUUUUCUUCUCAAAGUAAAAGGAAUGAGAUCAAUCAAGUUUUGGUCAAUAACACCCAUGGAUCAUUUGUUGGCUCGUUUAGAAGUAGAGCAGUCUACCUUGGUUUUACAGAAAAUUAUAAAAUUACUCAUGAACUCGUUUCAUCCCGUCAACAAAGACAGUAAUAGCCUGUUAGUUCGUUGUGUACAAUUGUGGGAACUCAAUCCUAAAGCUUCAAGAAAAUUUUAUCAAUAUAUUCAUCAUCAGAUCUCGGUGACGUCAUCAGUUCAGUUUCUAAUGAUGAUCUGUAAAUAUUUGGAUGAACAUUUAUCUGAAAAUCAUCUCACUUAUAAUGAUAUUGACCAUAAUGACAGCCAUGAGGAAGUUAACAAGGAGAACAGUAACAAUUCUUCUAUCGAAAUGGAUAAAGUGGAUGAACAUGACAAAACAAUAGUAGCUGGUCUUCUAGAAACAUGUAUAAUUAUAUGGGAAGGAAUUGAUGAUGAACUAGAGAAACCAUCUUAUGACACUUUAAAGUCGAAUCUUCAUCAGCAGUUUGCUAAAGCAAUCCCUAAGAUGAUUAGAUCUAUCGAGGAUUCUCGAUGUCAAUCUUGUCUCAUUUUAUUGGCUUCUCAUUUAUCACCAACACUUGUUCCAUCUUUGAGACAUCGCUGUUUAACAUCACUAUCUUCACUCCCCGAGAAAACGUCUUGUGACGUAUAUGGUCCUUUGUUAGAAUUGGCUUGCUCUUUUAAUUUGGCGAAAGAUGUCAUUCAGUUUAUCAAUGAAAACUUGCAUUCAGCUUUGCAGGAAACUUCGCUUGAGGUAAGAUCCGCUAUGAAAAAAAGAAAAACAGUAAGCUUCUCUGUUCCUGAGACUAACUCAAUUACUGCUGUAAAGUGCUUGGAUUAUUUUUUGGCUAGUCCACGAUGUCGCCUUCACGUAUUACCAUUUAGAGAUGAGUUGCUAAUCUUACGGCAAACUUUGAAAGAAUCUAUGGGUUCAAUUGACCAAUACAUCAGCAUUAACUCCACAUGUGAACAUACUAAUGAAAAAAGAAAUUUUUUGAUGAAAGUUCUUUAUGGUUAUUGUCGUUUGAGUGUUCAUCUCUAUGCAUCAGAAGUAGAUAAUGGGAAAGUAAUCAAUGACAAUGAUGAUCUUUCUACUUGUUGUGAAGAUGUUGUUAAAUGGUGUCAAACUCAUUUACUUCAUUAUUUUGACAAUGAUCAAAGUGUUGAUUCAAAAAACGCCCAUCUAAGAAAACACCAUCUGAAAGAGUUUCUUAUCUUGAUUUUACGUGAACUUCAUAUUAUUUUUGCUGAGCUCGUUGUCAUUGGACUAAGCCAGCCUAAAUUGAAUAUUUUGUUGGCUAAUUUCUCAUCAUCGGUCCUUAGCAAAGGGGGAACAUUGGUGCUAUUGCCUGAUGUUUGCAAGCUAUUAUAUCAAAUUGUUUCAGCAAUAAAUUAUUCUGAAGAAAUUUUUAUUACGGAUUGGGAUCCUGUUUACAUUAUGUUAGGGAGUAUUUUUAAAGCUUACGUAUCACGUGAUCAUUCUGAGAAACAGAUUUGUUUUGAUACUCUUUAUGUUGUCGUGAUGGAAAUUUUCAAGCUGCUUCAUGGGAACGAGUCAAACGUGGUUAUGGAUGCUCGAGUUGUCGUUUUGAAGUUGGUUGUAGAAACCCUUUUGGAGGAUUUGGAGCUUUCGUUGAACGAGAUAACCCACACAUAUCAGAAAGAUCAUUUUGAAAUUCUUCCACCACUUUCUAAUUUUCUUAUAAAUAUUGUUGUUACCUCAAAACAAUUUGUUUUGUCAAUUUUUGAAACGAUGAUGUCAUUCAUUUCUUCGACUAAUCAUAACGAUGUGGUUCUUAAGACUACAUCGUAUGCAGCUUGGAUUUUUUUGCAGAAAUUGAAUGAUGAGUCUUUUGAAAGUAUGAAGACAUAUGUUGAGAAAAUAGGAACCGCUUUAGAGACAUUGGAAGUUGUAUAUAAUCCCGAGAAUGUACGGUUUGCGAGACAUUUUCUUGCGAAAUGUUCAAAUAUAACCGAAAAUGUAAAUUCUUAAAAGCAGUCGUUCAUUUUAGCUGCUAUAGAUAUGUGAUGUAACGUUCUUCAAAUAUAAAUCAUUCUCACAA